UCGACGUUGACAGUCCUUGGGAUAUGACUGUGCUUUUGUAGUACAGAGCUAACUUUAGCUAGAGCGCUAGCAGGUUUUUAGGAUUACGUUAGCUGAAAGAGAGUGACUCGAGUGCCAACGCGUUUUCUGAACAAACCCGUGCUAUUCGUUAGCCUUAUUAUUUUUAUACGAUGACGCUAAUAUAAUGUUAUUUUUUCCGGUUGGAGGAAUCUACCACAACUUAAGCUAGAUGGCUAACGUUAGCUAGCGUGUCAUCAACUUGUGAAUCUCAUAACUUGGUCAGUGUGUGGGCCAUAACAACCUUUGAAUUCAUCUGAGAGGGUAGCUAGCUAGGGGAAUCACUAGCCGUUACAUAGCCAGGUAGCAUAACAACGUGCACUCGGAACCCGACGGACAGAGUUGAAUUAGCUAGCAUUGCGAGGCUAGCUAUUUUGAUUCUGUAACAUGAAAAAGGCUCAGUCUGACACACUGGGAUUUGUUCCUCAAAAAGAUAUCGUAUACAACAAACUUCUGCCGUAUGCUGAUAGGCUAGAUGAAGAAUCCAACGAUAUUUUGAGUAAAAUUAAAGGAAACUUGUGCCGAGCUGUCCAGCUCAGAGAGAUAUGGCCCGGUGUGCUGUUCUGGACAAGGAAACUUUCCACAUACAUGAGACUGUAUGGACGAAAGUUCAGCAAAGAAGACCAUGUCCUAUUCAUCAAGUUGCUCUACGAGCUAGUGACGAUCCCACGACUGGAGAUCAGCAUGAUGCAGGGCCUUGCCCGGCUUCUUAUCAACCUCCUCAAGAAAAGGGAACUACUGUCGAGGGAAGACCUUGAGCUGAAUUGGAGACCGCUGUAUGAGUUGCAUGACAGGAUUCUUUUCUCCAAGACUGAGCAUCUGGGUCUCAACUGGUUCCCCAAUUCUCCACGGCCUCGUUCAUCCUCUAAACUCAUAAUGCUAAAAUUGGUUCAGAGGUGCUCUGUGGAGAGUGUGCUGAAAACCCUUGUGAAAAGCUGCAGACCAUACUUUUCUGAGAGUGCAACUCAGGAGAUGUUGGACGAGUGGAGGCCGCUCCUUUGUCCCUUUGAUGUCACCAUGCAGAGAGCAAUCAGCUACUUUGAGCUCUUUCUGCCCACGACGCUGCCUCCAGAGCUGCACCAUAAAGGCUUCAAGUUGUGGCUCAAUGAGUUGAUUAGCUUAUGGGUGUCAGUACAAAACCUUCCAAGCUGGGAAGUGCACCUGGUCAACCUGUUCGCUCGUUUAGCCAAUGACAACAUCGGCUACAUUGACUGGGACCCUUACAUCCCAAAGAUCUUCACUAGAAUUUUGAGGAGUCUGAAUCUCCCUGUGGGGACCAGUCAGAUGAUGGUGCCACGAUAUGUCACUAACGCCUAUGACAUCAGCCAUGUGGUACUGUGGGUGUCAUCACUCCUGGGGGGACCCAGCAAGCAAGCUCAAGCACAGCUCAGUGGCCUUUUCAACAGCAUUACAUCCUUUUUCCACCCGUCAAACCAUGGCCGCUGGUUGAUGAAACUCAUGAAGCUGCUCCAGCGUCUCCCAGCCAGUGUGGUGCGGCGGCUGCACCGAGAGCGCUACAAAAAACCCACAUGGCUGACACCGAUACCAGACAGUCACAAGCUCACAGAGGAGGAUAUCACAGACUUUGUGGAGAGUAUGAUGCAGCCGGUUCUUCUGGCUAUGUUUAGCAAGACAGGCAGCCUCGAUGCAGCACAGGCCUUGCAGAACUUAGCUCUAAUGAGGCCGGAACUAGUCAUUCCCCCUGUUCUGGAGAGAACAUACCCAGCUCUGGAGACUCUAACAGAACCACACCAGCUGACUGCCACCCUGAGCUGUAUGAUCGGAGUGGCACGGAGCCUAGUGUCAGGUGGGCAGCGUUUCCCUGAGGGGCCCACUCACAUGCUGCCUCUGCUCAUGAGGGCUCUGCCGGGCGUUGACCCAAAUGACUUCAGCAAGUGCAUGAUCACAUUCCAGUUUAUUGCAACAUUUGUGACCCUUGUGCCUUUGGUGGACUGUUCGUCUGCCCUUCAUGAAAGAACUGACUUGACAGAGGUGGAAAGAGAGAUGUGCUCAGCCUCAGCUGAGUUUGAAGACUUUGUGCUUCAAUUCAUGGACAGAUGCUUCGCCCUGAUAGACAGCAGCACUUUGGAACAGACGCGAGAGGAAACAGAAACGGAGAAAAUGACUCAUUUAGAGAGUCUGGUAGAGCUUGGCCUGUCCUCCACCUUUAGCACCAUCCUCACACAGUGCUCCUUGGACAUCUUCAAGGUGGCUCUGGAGAAGGUGUUCAACUUUGCUACCACAAACAUCUUUGAGACGCGUGUAGCUGGGAGAAUGGUGGCUGACAUGUGCAGAGCAGCUGCCAAGUGUCACCCUGCAGAGUCUCUCAAGAUGUUUGUGCCACACUGCUGCAAUGCCAUAAACCAAAUCGCCGUCAAUGAGGAAGUGUUGAAUGAGGAGGAGCUUGACAAGGAGUUGUUGUGGAAUCUCCAACUGCUGUCUGAGGUGACCCGAGUCGAUGGCGAUAAGAUCCUGCCUUAUCGUUCUGACCUGGUCCAGAUUUUGCAGUUGACUCUCCACCUCAAGUGUAAGCAGGGCUACACCCUAGCUUGCAACCUGCUGCACCACAUCCUUCGCUCCACAGCCCUCAUCUACCCCACAGAGUACUGCAGCGUGCCUGGAGGUUUCCACCAGCCAAUCAGUGACUACUUACCCAUCAAGGACUGGGGUCGGCCUGGAGACCUGUGGAAUUUGGACAUCCGGUGGCAUGUGCCCAGUGUGGAAGAGACAGCGUUUUCUUUCUAUUUACUGGACCUGCUCCUGCAGCCUGAACUCCAGCGCCUUCAGAGAUUUGCACAGGGAGACCAGGACAUGAGCAGGGAUGAUGUCCUGCAGAGCCUGACCAUCGUUCAGCAUUGCCUCCUCGGAGCUGGAAGUCUGAUGCCUCCAUUAAAAGGAGAGCCCAUUCCUGAACUGGUCCACAGCAUGGUGAACCUGGAUGAGACCAACCUCUACACAGGAAUGGAAUACGAUGAAUCCAGAGAGAACUACAGAGAUGCUGUGUGCAGUGUGAUGAGACAGCUGCUGCAUUACAUCCUGGAGCACUCAGAAGAUGACACCAAGUCUCUUUUCUCCAUCAUCAAGAUUAUCAGCGACUUGUUGCAUUUCAAAGGCUCCCACAAACACGAGUUUGACUCCCGCUGGAAAAGCUUUAACCUUGUGAAGAAAUCGAUGGAAAACAGACUUCAUGGCAGAAAGCAGCACAUCAGAGCUCUGCUAAUAGACAGAGUCAUGCUCCAGCAUGAGCUGCGGAAGCUGACAGUGGAAGGAUGCCAGUACAGAAGCAUUCACCAGGAGCUGAUGAGAGAUCUUUUAAGGCUGUCAGCUAGCACCUACAGCCAGGUUCGCAGCAGAGCUCAGAAUGUGUUGUUCACUGCAUUGGGAACGUACAAUUUCUGCUGCAGAGAUCUGAUCCCCCACGUCCUCGAGUUUCUUAUCCCAGACAACAAAAGUGUCACGCAGCAGCAGUUCAAAGGUGCCUUGUACUGUCUUCUUGGGAAUCACAGCGGAGUGUGCCUGGCAAAUUUGCACGACUGGGAGUGCAUCGCUUUGACAUGGCCUGCAAUCGUCCGCUCCGGUCUCAGCUCUGCCAUGUCUCUGGAGAAGCCCUCCAUUGUGCGCCUCUUUGAUGACCUUGCAGACAAAAUCCAUCGCCAGUAUGAGACCAUCGGCAUUGACUUCUCUAUUCCUGCUGCGUGCUGUGCUGUGGCCAAACAACUUAUGAUUACUGGAAAUCCUCUCCCUUUGGAGCCAGUUCCCUCUGAGGAUGAAGUAGCAGAGGGUCUGAAGAGGCAGGAGCUCAAAAACUCUGAGUCUGUCGAGAAAUAUAAACAGCUCAUUGAUGACCUGCUGGAGUGCAUUGACAACAGAAACAUGCCUUGGAAGUUUGAACACAUUUCAAUUGGCUUCCUAUCGUUGCUGCUGAGGGAUGACCACCAACUCCCACCAGCUGCUGUCACGUUCUUCGUCAAAAGCCUCAACCACGACUCCCUCUACGUCCGCAAGGUGGCGAUAUCAGCAGUGGCUGGGAUAAUGAAGCAAAUAAAAAGACCCCACAAGAAAGUCCCUGUCAGCCCCUCUGAGCUUUGUGGAGACAAACUGCUGAGUGGUAUGGUAGCUGGAGACCGCCAAGACAAUCAGUGGCUCCAGUAUAAUGGCAGCAACCUGCCGCGCACACAGCAGGACUGGGACAGCUGUGUGUUUGUGGAGAAGACGCACUGGGGAUACUACUGCUGGCCUAGAAAACUGAUGAUCUAUGCACCACUGGAGGAGCAGCCCAAACAGAACCUACCCAGAGAGGAAAUGACUGAGCGGGAGCAGAUCAUCUUUGACCAUUUCUCAGACCCAGUGUUCAUCAACCAGUUCAUUGAGUUUCUCUCUCUCGAGGAUCGUAAAGGCAAAGACAAGUUUAGUCCUCGACGGUUCUGUUUGUUCAAGGGAUUGUUCCGCAACUUCAGCGAUGCCUUUCUUCCUCUGCUGCGGCCGCACAUGGAGCGCCUGGUGGCUGACUCUCAUGAGAGCAAGCAGCGUUGUGUUGCAGAGAUUAUCUCUGGUCUGAUCAGAGGCUGCAAGCACUGGAGCUACUCAAAGGUUGAUACACUCUGGGAGUUUCUGUGUCCUUUGCUCCGUAUUGCUCUGUCCAACAUCACGAUAGAGACAUAUGCAGACUGGGGUACCUGCAUCGCCACAGCCUGUGAGAGCCGAGACCCACGCAAGCUCCACUGGCUGUUUGAGAUGCUAAUGGAGUCUCCUGUCAAUGGGGAGGGGGGCUCCUUUGUCGAUGCCUGUCGUCUGUACGUUCUGCAGGGCGGCCUGGCUCAGCAGGAGUGGCGUGUUCCAGAGUUGCUCCACAGGCUGCUACAAUACCUUGAGCCCAAACUCACACAGGUCUACAAGAAUGUACGGGAACGCAUCGGCAGCGUGCUCACGUACAUCUUCAUGAUUGAUGUCAACCUGCCGUACACUCAGCCCACCACCUCCCCGCGCAUCUCAGACUUCACCGAGCGAAUUCUGGUGCAGCUGAAGCCUUUAACAGAGGGUGACGAGGAGAUCCAGAACCAUGUGAUUGAGGAGAAUGAGGUGGGAGAGCAAGAUGAGCGGACGCAAGCCAUCAAGCUUCUCAAAACAGUGCUGAAGUGGCUGAUUGCAAGCGCUGGUCGCUCGUUCUCCACUGCUGUUUCAGAACAACUACGGUUGCUCCCGCUGCUCUUCAAGAUUGCUCCUGUAGAGAAUGAUGACAGCUAUGAUGAACUGAAGAGAGAUGCAAAGACCUGCCUGUCCCUGAUGUCUCAGGGACUCCUCUACUCAGAGCAGAUCCCCAUGGUCCUCAGUGCCCUGCAGGAGAUUGCUGGCAGCAGCUCUUGGCAUGCUCGCUACACAGUGCUCACAUACCUCCAAAUAAUGGUUUUCUACAACCUGUUCACCUUCAUGAGUGACCAGAAAGCAGUGGAUGACGUGCGAGCGCUGGUCAUACAGUUGUUGGAGGACGAGCAGCUGGAGGUCAGAGAAAUGGCGGCCACUACACUUAGUGGCUUCCUCCAGUGCAAUUUUCUGUCCAUGGACACCCCCAUGCAGGCACAUUUCGAGGCUCUCUGUAAGACUUGUUUGCCUAAAAAGAGAAAGCGGGAGCUCGGCUCAAUAGUGGACACUAUACCCUCUGCUGAUCUCGUGCGGCGCCAUGCUGGUGUUCUGGGUUUAAGCGCUUGCAUUCUCUCCAGCCCGUAUGACGUACCCACCUGGAUGCCUCAGCUGCUGAUGGACCUGAGUGCUCACCUUAAUGACACACAACCCAUUGAAAUGACUGUGAAGAAAACACUAUCAAACUUCCGACGGACUCACCACGACAACUGGCAGCAACACAAACAGCAGUUUACAGAUGACCAGCUGCUGGUUCUGACUGACCUGCUGGUCUCUCCAUGCUACUAUGCCUAAAACCUGUUUUGGACAACCCAGAACAACACAAACCAGCCUGCAUUGUUGUGGAGAUUCCAGGUUCGUUGGAAGACAGCAUCAUUCUUGAAGAGAAGUGUCACAAAAAGCAACUGAGCUGUGGCACUGAGAACUGAAAAGUUGUGUAUUUAUGUAUUUAGCUCAUUUACAUUUCUACUAUACUUAAUAUUUAAGGAUCAAUCAUAGCAGGGAUGGAUGACCUGCAGUUUGUAACAUUUCUGUACAGUUUUUUUCUUCCUUUUUUUUUGUUUGUUUGUAUGCAUGUGCACGUGUGGUUGUGUGCGUGUGCGUUUACGGGAUGCUUGAAGACAUCUGCCUGUGUCCCACACAUUUCUCAGGAUUCUUUCCCAAGUUUCAACUCUGAGCCAACACGUUGUCCAAUGUAGGACAUGCUCUGUAUUCCAGUAGUGGAGUAUUUGUUUGAAGCCACAGAGAAUUGGUUGCUUUAGGUUAGACUUAAUCAUGCAACACACAAUGUUUGUGUGGCAGUUUGAUCUAUAUGAUUAUAUGCAUCAUGAAUGUGUAUGUCAUCGUAUAGCAAAUAUGCACAAACAUAUUUAUUUAUUUAUUUACCUCUUUUUUUUUUUUUUUUUUUUUUGAAGUGCUAAUUUUUUUUUUCAUUUUUUUCAUAGAAAGUAUUUCAGAAAUUUAGUAGACAACUGAGAUUUUAGCAGUGGAGCUUAUUUUCAUCUACCUUGGCAAAGAAAGGGAGAGGGCAAGCUCCCCGCUGCAGUGAUGUGUGAAGCGUUUGCUGUGAGGACCUGAGCACAGUUUGAUUACCGUUUCAUGUGUCUCAAUGCAAGAAGGUAACCACACCGCCUGUCCAUUAUUGUGACCUGUCCCCUGUUAUCCUUGGUUAUUAUGUUGAUCUUUUUCUAAAACCCAGCAAGAUGAGAUGAAAUUAUUUUGGUUUGCAUAUGUUUUCCUCUGAUGACUUGAAAUCAGUCCAAGCAUUGAAGCAUUUAGUUACCUCACUUGUGUAUAGUGUAGUGCCAAAACUGCAGUGAUUUUUUAGAUGUACUGUUUGCCUAUUGAAUGAGAUGAAAAUAAAUUGU